AUGACGAUCAAAAGAUUGAUAAGUGACUGCCAAGAUGCCAAUAAUGCUUGCCCCGUGCCAUUAGUCCAGAAUCUCAUCGAGCGCUGUCUCCAGCUGUAUAUGAACCAGAAAGAAGUGAUUGAUACCCUCUCCCUUGAGGCCAAGAUAGAACCGAGCUUUACUGAACUUGUUUGGCAAAAGCUUGAGGAAGAGAACCGUGAGUUUUUUAAGGCAUACUAUUUGAGGCUGAUGCUUAAGAAUCAAAUAACGGCCUUCAACAAGCUUCUUGAGGAUCAGUUCCAGCUUAUGAACAAAGACUAUUCUUCGGGAAUCCCUUCUAUGCCUCUCACUAAUGGCUCCAACUCCACAACAUUGAAGCAAAACUCGUGCUUUUUACCAGAGUCUGGUCCCAUAUCUGCUAUGCCAAAUGGUGCGAUGCGCAACGGAAGUUCAGGUGGUUUAAUAAAUGGAACAUCAUCUGGUGAUCAGUCAAUUUAUGGUGGCAAAGACAUUCACGGUCCUCAUAGUGGUAUGGAUGCUUCAACCAGCGUGCUACCAGCCCAGAAUGCAUCUGCUUUGCUGUAUGGUGCAGAUAAUAAUGGUACAACAAUAAAGACAGAGUCAAGCUAUUCGAGCAACGCUGAUUUUGCUUUCUGUGGGAAUGCUUUCCUUGAAUCAUGCCAAUCAAUUGGCGAUGCCUCGGCUGGUUCUUUUAGCAGCUCAGAGUUGAACGGGCAACCACUGAAUGAUGCACUUUUGGAUAUGGAGUCAUCGUCAUUUGGCUUCUUGAGCCAGAUUCCCCAGAAUUUCAGUUUUUCAGACUUAACAGAGGGGUUCAACCAAAAUACAGAAGUAUUGGAGAAUUAUGGCAGGUCACCAUUUCUCUCAUCUGAGCCAAAUAACUUCUCAGAUUCUACAGGUGGAGAACAUACAGGCUGA